GUCCCGUGAACGGUCCGGGCAAGAACGUUUAGACAAGUUAUGGUUUACAAUUUGUAUCGUGUAACAUAGACCGGGGGUCGAACAUAAUAGUUAAAAAAAAAUAAAAUAAAAUAAAAAACAAAAAAAGAAACUGGCAUCAAGCUGUGUGAUAGGGUGCAACGCAGUGACAAGGGUGUGUUGUAUAUGUGAAAUAAAAAAAAGAGUGAGAAGACGCGCAAAUAAUAUAAAAUAUUUUGCAAAUUUUAAUGUUACGAUAAAAAAAAACUAGGAGGCGUUGUUGAAAAUAUCACAUAAAUAAAUAAUAUAAAUUCAAUUAAUUAAACAAAAAAUAAGGAUUAUGUGUAUUUGUAUUUACAUUAUAUAGAAAAAAAAAAAAUAAUAAUAAUUAAAUAUUAAAAUUAUAUUUGUUUGGUACAACAAGACUAGCUGUCACUUCGAUCGCCAUUUUAGCGCCGUCAAGCACGGGAAUGCGCGCUGCCGGUGGACCUGAUCACGAAGAUCACCACUGGAAUGGUACACAGUCAAUGUGAGUGUACAACAGUGAAUACAUAUAUAUUUUGAAAUAUAUAUUUCAUUAUUUAAAUUAAAUCAUCAACAAUAACAACAACAAUACUCAUUUUGGAGUAAAAACUAAGGGAUUUUUUUUUGUUUUUUACUCGAAUUUAAAUAAGGUCAGUGUAAAUAAAUACAAGUCAAGUAAGGAUUAUAUACGAAAAAAAGAAGCUGAGUGAAUGUUGUACACAUUUUUGAGUUCACUAAAAUGUGUUUAACCAUAGUGUAACGUGUUAGAUAUUCGCGUGUGUGUGUGUCUCGUGUAGGAGGCACUUUUCUCUCCAACCAGUUGGUUUUUUUUUUUUCCCAUUUAUUAUUAAUUUUUUUAUAUAUUUUUUUUUUUUUUUAACAUUUUCUCUCGUCUCUCCUUUAGCUGAUCCUUCUUGCUCCCCUGUUGUUUUCCCCUUCCUGCCACCGCCCUCCUCUAGACUCAACCAACACAACUUGAGUCUCUCUCUCUCUUUCUCUCUCAAUUUUCUCUCCUACCUAUUUUGCUGACAUUUGAAUAAUUAAAUUUUUUUUAUAUUAAUUAUUCAUAAUAAUUGUUUGAAAACUUAAAGAUAAUUAAAUAUGUGCCAUUAUUGACAACAUUAUUUACAAUAAUACUCAAAAAUAAAAUUUACAAUUAAUUUUAUUUAACAUUUUUAAAUAAAUACUCAAUAGCUAUUAUCAUUGAUGAUAAUUUUUGUCUAAAAUAAAGACAACACGAAUUAUCUCUAAAAAAAAAAAUAAAAAAAAAGGCAUAUUUGUUGUCAAAGUGUGUGCAUAUCUGUGGUACGUUUUUUUAUACAUAUUUAUUGCAAUUGUGAAGUUGGCUAUUUGCCAGUAAAGUGAUAUAGUGAAUAAAUUUAAUUUUUUUUUUUCUUAUUUAUCAUCUUUUUGGAUAUAAAUAUUUAUUUAAAAUAAAUAAUAGUGAGCUUUGAAUAAUAGUCAAUUUAGGCAAAAAAAAAAAAAAUUGAUAUUUAAUUUGAAAAAAAAAAAAAAUUAAAUAAAGAUCAUUGACUUCAUCAGCUUGAGACACAGUGGAUUGUUUGGAAACUGAACAAGAUACAUGAUAACAAAACAUAUACACAGAGGCCAACGUGCUCAUUUGACAAGCACACAUCAUCCACAAGUUUUCAACACCCAACUACAACAAGAGGUCAUCUAACAAGUUGACUCAUUACUACAGCCUACAGUGUCAACAAGUUUUUUUUUUUAUAUUUUGUUUAAAAUAAAUUCAAGUUUAUUAUUAUUCUUAUAUGAAUAUUAUUGUGUAAUAGUGAAUUAAUAAUAAUAAGUGCGUGUUUAUAUCGGUUGAGCAGUUGAAGGGGUCGCGUGUUAUCGGCCACCGCGAAAUAUCCAAUGGUGCUUAAUCAGCUCUGUGGAUAAGGGCUUGCUACAUUUUUUCAAGUUAAUUAUUAUAUUAUUAUAUUUUUUUUUUUUAUUAUAAAAGUGUUCGGAGAAUUGAAGAUUGCUAGAGACACGAAAUGAUUCUACGCGUUUGAAUUUAAAUUGUAUUUGAAAAAAAAAAAAAAGUUAAAAAGUGCUGGACACUGAAGUUAAUGAGGUGAACGAGUUGGACAGAAAACGUAACCAGUGUCAAGUUGUGGAGGUGGGGACGGGAAAAAUCCCGUCCCGUAGAAUAGCAAGAUAGCUUAGGUGAUCGUGCCGCGGUUACCGGGACCAAGGAGACGGCGAGAUAGCUAGCUAAAUAUGAGGGGUUAUAAAUUAUUGUUUCGGCAGCUGCCGCCGCUCCUUAAAUUAUUAUUUAUAUAUUUAAUAAUAUUACAAACAAUUAAUAAUGCAUAUGGAACAACAUCAUCAGAUAUUGUACAUCAAUAUUAUGAUAAAGAAGUACAACGUAUGAAUCAUUUAGUUGUUGAUAAAAAUACUGGUAGAGUUUAUGUUGGUGCUGUUAAUCGACUAUAUCAAUUUUCACCAGAUUUAGGAUUAGUUGUUAAUGUUAAAACUGGACCACAAGAAGAUGCACUUGCAUGUUCAAGUUUAGAUUGUCCAAGUGAAACUGAAAAAAAAUUAGUUGAUAGUGUUAAUAAAGCACUUGUCAUUGAUUAUACAACAACAAGAUUAAUAUCAUGUAAUAGUUUAUAUCAGGGUACUUGUGAUGUUAGAAAUUUACACAAUAUAACAAAUAUUGUACAAACAGUUAGAGAAGCUGUUGUUGCUAAUAAUGGUACAGCAUCAACUGUUGCAUUUAUUGCACCAGGACCACCAAAUCCACCAGUAUCACAAGUUAUGUAUGUUGGUGUAACAUAUACUGGUAAUUCACCAUACAGAUCAGAAGUACCAGCAGUUAGUUCACGUUCACUUGACAAAGAAAAAAUGUUAAAUAUUGCUGAAUCAGCUGUUACAACUGGUACAAGAAUAUAUGUUAAUUCAUUAUCAAGAGAAAGAUAUCCAAUUAAUUAUGUAUAUGGUUUUAGUAGUGAAGGUUUUAGUUAUUUUUUUACAACACAAUUAAAAAAUACUGAAGCAACAAAUUACAUAUCUAAACUUGUUAGAUUAUGUCAAGAUGAUAUGCAUUAUUAUUCAUAUACAGAAAUUCCAGUUGAAUGUAAAAAUGAAGGUAAAAAUUAUAAUCUUGUACAAGCAGCAUAUGUUGGUAAAGCUGGUUCUGUUUUGGCUGGUGCACUUGGUAUAACAGCACAAGAUGAUGUACUAUAUGCUGUAUUUGCUGAAAGUGAUUUAUCAACAAGUCCACGUCCAAGUAAUCAUUCAGCACUUUGUGUGUAUACACUUAAAAGUAUACGAAGAAAAUUCAUGAGAAAUAUACAAAAAUGUUUUAGUGGUGAUGGUGAUCGUGGUCUUGAAUUUAUUUCACCAAGUCACAAGUGCGUCCUAACGAAAUUACAAACUAUUGCUGAGGAUUUUUGUGGUCUUGAUGUUAAUACACCAUUGGGAGGACAAGAACCAAUGAUUGCAAUGCCAGUACUUACAUUUAAUACAUUAUUAACAGCUGUCGCAGCAACAUCAACUGGUGAUUAUACUGUUGUCUUCAUUGGUACUCAAAAAGGUCAUCUUAAAAAGGUGGUCAUAGAGAGUGCUAGCGUUGCCCAGGAGUAUGGUGACCUGGAGAUAGAUACCGACUCACCAGUGAACCCUGACCUGUUAUUUGACUCUCAACAACCACCGAUGCAUCUUUAUGUACUGACUGAGAAAAAAGUAUCAAAGGUCAAAGUACAAGAAUGUUCAGUAUACAAAACUUGUUGGGCUUGUCUUGAUGCUAAAGAUCCAUAUUGUGGUUGGUGUUCACUUGAAAAUAAAUGUAAUUUACGUAGUGAUUGUCAAGAUGCAGCAAAUGAUCCAUUAUAUUGGAUAUCAUAUAAAAGUCAACGUUGUACAACAAUAACAACAGUAACACCAGAUCAAUUACAAAAAACAACAGCAAGAACAUUAGAACUUGUUAUUGAUAAUUUACCAACAUUAAAUGGUGAAUUUUUAUGUGCCUUUUCUGCAUUAGACAAAACACUUAUAACAAAUGCAACACGAAAAUCAUUUGGUGUUAAUUGUACAACACCAAGAACUGAUUUAUUACCAUCAAUACCAGCUGGUAAUCAUCAUUUUACAGCAAAAUUAUCUGUUAGAAUGACUAAUGGACCAGAUUUAGUUGCAACAAAUUUUACAUUUUUUGAUUGUAAUACAUAUUCAUCAUGUACUGAAUGUGUAUCAUCUAGUUUUCCAUGUGAUUGGUGUGUUGAUGGACAUAGAUGUACACAUGAUACUGCUGCAAAUUGUCGUAAUGAUAUACUUGUUACUGGUGUUAGUAGAAUGGGACCAAGUUAUAGAAGUGGUCCAGCAUUUUGUCCAACAAUAAAUGCAACUGAUUCACAAGAAAUUCUUGUUGCUGCUGGUAUUAAAAGAGCAAUACGUGUUAAAGUACAUAUUAUUGGACAAUUUAUAAUACAAACAAGAUUUGUUUGUCAAUUUAAUAUUGAAGGACGUGUAACAAGUGUUAAUGCACGUUUACUUGCUGAUACAAUAUAUUGUGAAGAAAUGGAAUUUUCAUAUACAUCAAGAACAGCAAAUAUAACAGUACCAUUUGCUGUUAUUUGGGGUGGUUCAAAACCACUUGAUAAUCCUGAUAAUAUACAUGUUGUAAUAUAUAGAUGUCGUGAUAUGGCUGAUAAUUGUGGUAUGUGUUUAGCAAUACCAUCAAAAUAUGGUUGUGGUUGGUGUCAAAGUACUGAUCGUUGUGAAGUUAAAGAACAAUGUGGUCGUGGUUCUGGUAUAUGGUUAAAUAGAAAUAUGACAUGUCCAAAUCCUGAAGUACAUUCAUUUGAACCAAUGAUGGGACCAUGGGAAGGUAAUACAAAUGUUACAAUACGUGGUAUUAAUCUUGGUAAAACAUUUAAUGAUAUAUAUGCUGGUGUAACAGUUGCUGGUGUACCAUGUCAACCAUAUGAAACAUUAUAUAUACGUACAAAACAAAUAACAUGUCGUGUUGAUGGUCCUGGUUCUAAAAAACCACAAGAUGGUCCAGUUAUUGUUAAAAUUGAAACAUAUCGUGGAGAAUCAAAACAACAUUAUGAAUUUGUUGAUCCAAUAAUAACAAAUAUAUCACCAAAAUAUGGACCAAAAAGUGGUGGUACAACAAUUAAAAUAACUGGUAGAUAUAUGAAUGCUGGUAGUGAAAUACGUGUUACAAUUGAUGAUCUUCCAUGUUCAGUUAUAAGUGCUGAAUCAAAUGAAACCCAAUGUAUGACAAGUUCAAGUAGUAUCAAUAAAAAUAGUACAUUAAUAAUGACAUUUGACGGUAGAAAACGUACGUAUAAUGGAUAUUUUGAAUAUGUUGAUGAUCCAACAAUUGAAAGUGUUGAAAGUGGUGUUGGUGGACAAAUGAAAAUACCAAAAGGUUUACCAGCUGGUGGCAUUAAAAUAUCAGUUACUGGUAAAAAUUUAGGAUACAUACAAAAUCCAUUGAUGUAUGUUUAUUAUGAUGAAAAAAUGUUUGUAUCAACAUGUGAUGUAUUGAGUCAAACACAUAUGGAAUGUCGUUCACCAACAAUUGAAAUACCAGAUAAUGUUAUACUUGAUGCUGAACAUCCAUUACCACUUGAAUAUGGUUUUCGUAUGGAUAAUGUUACUGGUGUACAAAAUUUAUCACAAAAUGGCUUUCAACAUUUUUUAUUAUAUCCAAAUCCAAUAUAUGAUAGUUUUGGUGAAGAUGUUAAAUAUUAUAAAAGUGAUUAUUUAACAAUAAAUGGACAACAUUUAGAUAGAGCAUGUCAAGAAUCAGAUGUUAUUGUUAAAAUUGGUAGUACAUAUUGUAAUGUAACAUCAUUAUCAAGACAACAAUUAACAUGUAGACCACCACCAGUACAACCACCAGCAUUAACUGAAGAUGGAUAUAUUGAUAAACAAGAAUUACCAGAAGUUGUUGUUAUUGUUGGUAAUUCAUUAAAAUUUCCAAUUGGUAAAUUAAGUUAUGCAUUACCAGCUGGUUUAAAUGGUCCAUUAUCAAAACCAGCACUUGUUGGUGUUAUAUUAGCAAUUGUUGCACUUGUUAUUAUAUUUAUUGUAUUUUUAAUUGCAUAUCGAAGAAAAUCAACAGAAAGUAAUCGUGUAUUAAAAAAUAUGCAAGAACAAAUGGAUAUACUUGAAUUACGUGUUGCUGCUGAAUGUAAAGAAGCAUUUGCUGAAUUACAAACUGAAAUGACUGAUCUUACUGGUGAUUUAACAAGUGGUGGUAUACCAUUUCUUGAUUAUCGUACGUAUGCUAUGAAAAUUCUAUUUCCAAAUGUUGAUAAUCAUGUUGUAUUACAAUGGGAUAGACCAGAAUUAAUGAGAAAAGAAAAAGGUUUACGUUUAUUUGGUCAACUUAUUAUGAAUAAAACAUUUUUAUUAUUAUUUGUAAGAACACUUGAAAGUAAUCGUUAUUUUUCAAUGAGAGACAGAGUCAAUGUUGCAAGUCUUAUUAUGGUUACACUACAAAGUAAAAUGGAAUAUUGUACUGAUAUUUUAAAAACUCUACUUGCUGAACUCAUUGAAAAAUGUAUGGAAGGAAAAAGUCAUCCAAAACUUCUUCUUAGACGAACGGAAAGUGUAGCUGAAAAAAUGCUUUCUGCAUGGUUUACAUUUUUAUUGUAUAAAUUUAUGCGUGAAUGCGCAGGUGAGCCACUUUUUAUGCUUUUCCGUGCAAUGAAAUAUCAAGUUGACAAGGGACCCGUUGAUUCAAUAUCAUCAGAGGCAAGAUACUCACUGUCAGAAGAAAAAUUGAUAAGACAGUCAAUUGACUUUAAACCCAUGACUGUCUAUGUGACAAUUGCUCAGCAGACAGUGUUCAGUGGUUUAGAUCCAGCCACUGAAAAUGUACCAGUCAAGUUACUUGACUGUGAUACUAUUUCUCAAGUUAAAGAAAAAUCAUUAGACACAAUAUAUCGUGCAACACCAUACAGUCAACGACCAAGAAAAGAAGAUCUUGAUCUUGAAUGGAGAACAGGUGCAUCUGGUAGAUUGAUUCUUCAUGAUGAAGAUACAUCAACAAAGACUGAGGGUGAAUGGAAAAAACGUAAUACUCUUAAUCAUUAUAGAGUACCAGAUGGUGCAUCAUUGAGUUUAGUAUCUAAACAAUCAUCAAUUUAUAAUUUAUCAAUAUUAUCUGAAAAAACAGAUAAAUCACAUAAAUAUGAAACGCUCAAUUUAAGUAAAUUUAGUUCAGCAAGUCCACCUUUAUCACGUGCAACAUCACCACUUAAUCAUGAUCAUGAUGGUGGUCUUAAAUGUUGGCAUCUUGUUAAACAUCAUGAUACUGAUGCACAAAAAGAAGGUGAAAGAGGAAAUAAAAUGGUAUCAGAAAUAUAUUUAACAAGGUUACUUGCAACAAAAGGAACAUUACAAAAAUUUGUUGAUGAUUUAUUUGAAACAAUAUUUAGUACAGCACAUAGAGGCUCAGCAUUACCACUUGCUAUUAAAUAUAUGUUUGAUUUUCUUGAUGAUCAAGCACUUCAUCAUGGUAUAUCUGAUCCUGAAGUUGUACAUACGUGGAAAAGUAAUUCUUUACCACUUAGAUUUUGGGUUAAUCUUAUUAAAAAUCCAAAUUUUGUAUUUGAUAUACAUAAAUCAAAUAUUGUUGAUUCUUGUUUAUCUGUUGUUGCACAAACAUUUAUGGACAGUUGUUCAACGUCUGAUCAUCGACUAGGUAAAGAUUCACCGAGUUCAAAACUUCUCUAUGCAAAAGACAUUCCAGUGUAUAAAGAGUGGGUAGAGCGUUAUUACUCGGAUAUAAAAAUCAUGCCAGCAAUAUCUGAUCAAGACAUGAAUGCAAUGUUGGCUGAAGAGUCGAGGUUACACACGACAGAAUUCAAUACAAAUUGUGCAUUAUAUGAAUUGUAUACAUAUGCAGGAAAAUACAACGAACAAUUAAUAGUAACACUUGAAGAAGAUGAAUUUUCACAAAAACAAAGAUUGGCAUAUAAAUUGGAACAGGUGCACAAUAUAAUGGCUGCAGAAGUUAAUCCCUGAUGUCCCGUUAUACCAACCAAGCAUCCGUCAAAGCCGCCACGUCAUGAGUGGCCAUGCUGAGUUCAUGAUACUUGGUUUAUUACAAAUUAAUUGCCCAGUGAUAGUGGCCUAACACAAGCACCAUCGUUAUCAUACGUCGCAACGCAAUUUUAAUAAUGUUUUUCUGUUUUUUUUUUUUUUCUUUUCUUUACUCUAUUUUUGUCAACAUUUUUCAAUCAUGUUUUUCUUUUUUUUUUUCCAAUUUUUUAUAUUAUUUUUCAAUUCUGUCAUACUAUAUCUAUUUUAUACUCAUCGUCAUUGUGAUUUAAUGAAAAAAAAAAAGAUUAAAAAAUGAAGAUAAUCAUGUCUUAUUGAACGAAAAAAAAAAAUAAAUAAAUAUUAUAAACAAUAAUCAAGUGCAUGCGCGACGUUCAAGCGAAUCAAAAUGGUGUAUCGAAAUAAUAUGAAUGAAAUUAAUAAUAACAAUAUUAAUAUUAAAUAAUAAAAGAAAAAAAAAAAAAAAAAACAUAGUAGCUAAGAAAAAAAUCAUGAAGAAUAAAUAAAUAAAUAAAUAGGUGUCAAAAAAAUUAAUGAUUAAUGCAAAAAAGCAUGCGAAUUGUAAAAGAAAAAACGAAAAAAAAAAAAAAUUGAACAUGUCUUCUGGAAGGCCGCUGGCUGGCAGGUGUGAAAAAAUAUUAUCAUCGCACUUACCAGAAAUUUGUAUAUACCAAAAUAAUUAAAUAAAAUGGAAAGUGAAUUAUAAAUGAAAAGGACUGAACAAAAAUAAAAACAACUUAUAAAAUAAUAAUAAUAAUAAUAAUCAUAUUGCAAUAGAUAAUUAUUAUUGUAAAUGCUCACACUCCGGCGGCCGAAUUGAUUAUAAAUCGGUGUGUCGUUGUAACUUUACAAAAGAAAAAAAAAUAUUAAUAAUAAUAAUCUAUAAAAAAAAUAUAUUGUCAUAAUUUUUAAAUGGAAAAAAAAAUAAAUAAAUUGAUUAUUAUAAUAAUAAUUAUAAUUAAAUAAUAAUGAAUUUAAAAAAAAAAAAAAAUCAGCAAUUAAUAAUUAUAUAUGUGAAUUAAAUUAUUUAAAAAAAAAAAAAAUGAUAAUAAUAAUUUGUAAAUGUUUAAUAAUUAAAUGAUCUGCGUCACUUUAUAUAAAUAUAGACCUUGAUAAAUUGAUUGAAAUUUUUACAUAAACAACUAUUGAAAAAUAAAAAAAAUAAAAAAAUACACAAUGAAAAUAUUUCCAUCCACAUAUAUUCAUUAGAAGAAUUUUUUUUAUCCCGAAAUACAUGAAAAAAAAAAAUGAAAAUUAACAAGGGAAAUAAUAAAUAAAAAAAUAAUAAUAUUUAUGUGAAUGACUGAUUGUUUGUUUUUUAAUUGAUUGCGAUAUAAUAUUAGUACUAGAUAAACAAUUGAUAUAAAUAUAUGAUUGGAUGGUUAUGUCAUUAUGUAUAUGUGUAAAUAUAUAUACACUUAAACGCUGGGCGCGAAAAACGCAUAUGUAUAUUAGGCUGUUUAGAAUAAUAAUAAAUAAUUAAUGAUAUUAUCACAUUCAAUGAAUGAGCUGGAGCAAGUGACUGACGCUCAGAGCGAGUUAGCUUUAGUCUAUCAAUUAUUAUUUGUAAAAUUCCAUUGUCGUUAUUAAAUAAAAUUAUAAUAAUAAUUAAAUUCAAAACAGCCUAAUGUAUAUAAAUAAUAUAAAUAUAUAAAUAUAUAUAGAAAUAUAUGUGUCCUUCCGUAACAUGAUAUUGUCGCGAAUUAUAAAUAAAUAAAUAUUAUAUUGUAAUAGAUGCACACACACAAAAAAAAAUUCGAAAUGAAAUAAAAGAAAAUAAAAAAAAAUAUAAUUAAUUAUUGUGAGAGAAAUAAAAUUGAUGUCCAGUGUGACGAAAAAUUAAAUUUUAAAAAAAAAAAAACAUAUGAGACCGUGUAUUAGAUGAUAGGUACAUAUGGACUUUGGCCACGCGCGCUCAAGGCCUAUUCGAUGUGACGGUUGUGUUGAUUGUGCGUGCUUCCGUUUUUCUCGGUCUCUUUAUUAAAAUACCUCCUUCAAAGCGUUAUUAAAAUUAUCGAAAUAUCUUUUUUUUAUUUUCUUUAUAUAUAUAUAUAUGUAUAUUAGAUUGAGUUAACCGACAAAGAAAAAAAAACAUUGCCAUACAUUUUUUUUUCAUACUCAUUAUUAUCAUAAUAACUAUAUCUUUUUUUGAAUCAUCGAAUCAUUCCAUUUAAAAUGAAUUAAAUACAUUGCUAAUAUUGUCAUUAUCGAAAUUAAAAUUUAAACGAAAUCGGCAGUAUUUGUUGGAUGAAAAUUACAAUGAUAUAAAAAAAAAAAAAAAAUGAAUUAAUAGUAAUGAGAAAAACCACCUUUGUGCCACUCCUAAUAUUGCUUCAACGCCUCCGUCGUCAUGUUGUUGUCACUCUUAAUUAUUGUAAUAUAUUAAUUAUAUAUAAAGAAUCACUGUUGAGUAUUGUCUGAUUGUAAUACAUUGAUAUUGAAUUGAUAUGAAUUGAUAAUCAUUAAUUAACGUAAAAAUUAACGAAAAAUAAUAUAAAUUAUAAUAAAUUUAAAAAACAAUUAACAAUUGUCGUAUUAAACAAUUGUAGUGUGAAACAGAAGCAAUUUUUUUUUUUAAUUUAUUUUGUUUAUUAUAUAAAUAUAUAUUAUUUUUUCUUUUAAUAUUAUUAUUAUUUUUUAUUUUUUUUAAUGUCAGUGAGAAUGAAUGAUAAUUUUUUUAAAUGAAUGUAUUUGAAGUGCGUCAAUUCAAUGUGCAAGUUGUUUGUGGAGAAAGUAUUUAUUGCUCAAAAAAGAAAGAAAAUGAAUAAGAAAUGUUUUCGAUUGGAAAAAGAUAUUAAUUUAAAUGAGGAUAAUAAUGUAAAGAGUUUGAUAGAAAUUAAAUGAAAUGGAAAGAUUCGGGAGGUCAUUUCGACACAAAUUAAAAUGAUGUUAUGGGUGGGAAUUGUAACGAGAUUAUAAUAUUUAAAUAAUUGCUCUGGUAUACGGUAAAAAAAAAAAAAACAAUAAAUUCGUAUUGAUAACAA